AUGUUAAGGCUGCCUCUUCGCCGCAUCCGCUUCCCUGCCAUUCCAUCAUGCAGAAGACUCAAUUCCAGUGAUGCAAAGGUGGCAGAAAAUGAUGCGGAUGCUCUCCCGUUGGCCGACUCCAAGGAGGAAUUGGACAAGAAAAUGGAAGAAAUUAUAUUAAAGGAAUGGGAAGCCUCUGGCCUGACCGAUGAGCAUUCGACAGGAUCUGAGUUCAAGUCUCCUUCCUUACCUGCACAGAAUGCAAAAGAACUGUUUAAUACCGGGCGACGGUUACUCCAGGGUGAUUCCAAUGUUCAAAGCCGUGUUCGACUCGGGCGAAAAGCAGUCGAGUUGGAGGUCAAGGAUGCGGAUGAGGAGGCGAAAAUGUUACCAAUAUCUGCCGAUUCUCUGGGCACGGAUUUCACUGAACGAGAAUAUGCCUCUGCACUGAUUCACGGGCGAAGCUUCCAUCUACCGUACUAUCAUCCACAUACGCAUUCGAUACCAGUGGCGUCUCUUCAAUUCCGUUCACACUUUCCCCGUCUUCUGGAUCUGUUCACGCAUUUCGCCUCGCAUGCAGCGUCGUCGCUUGCGAUACCGAUAUCGCGGGUGGUGAUGCUGCCGACGCAGCGUUCAAUGUGGACUGUCCCUCGGAGUCCGUUUGCGUACAAAAAGUCGCAAGAAAAUUUUGAACGCAAAGUGCACAAACGAAUGAUCAAGGCAUGGGACGCGGAUGAAGAGGUUGUGCGACGAUGGAUCCUGUACUUGGAACGACACAAUAUGGGAGGAGUAGGUAUGCGAAUUACGACAUGGGAACGGUUACCGCUUGGUGUGGGUGGUGGUAUGGAGAGUACGAGGGUAAGAGUGCAGGUGACAGAGGCAAGUGAGAAAAUCAAGCAACUUGGGGAGAAGAUUGUGAAGGAGGAGCUGGCGGCGUUAUCGGGCCGUGGCACAUGA